AUGACCAACCACACAGUGGACACAGAUUUCUUCCUCAUGGAAUUCUCUCACAGCCAGCAGCUCCAGGUGCUCCAGGGCUUUCUGUUUCUGCUGAUUUACUUGGUGUCUCUCAUGGGGAACCUUCUCAUCAUCAUGCUUGUCACUGUGGAUCAGUGUCUUCACACCCCCAUGUACUUCUUCCUGAAGAACUUGUCCUUCCUUGAUGUGUGCCUCAUUUCAGUAACAGUCCCAAAGCUCAUUCUCAGCUCUUUGUCUCACAGGAGCGCUAUCUCAUUCCCAGGAUGUGUGUGUCAGGUCUUGUUUGUGGUUCUCUUUGCCACAUCUGAGAUUUUCCUCCUCACAGCCAUGUCAUAUGACCGCUAUGUGGCCAUCUGUCACCCGCUGCACUAUGAUGUCAUCAUGAACAGGGCAGUGUGUAUACAGAUGGUAGGUGCCUCUUGGCUAUUUGGAAGUCUCUUUGGGGUCUUAUAUUCAUAUGGCUCCUUUUCGUUAUCUUUCUGUAGUUCCAGAAAAGUGCCACAGUUCUUCUGUGAUGUCCCCUCUCUACUGAAGAUUUCUUGCUCAAAGAUGCAUGUCACCAUUGACUUUAGUAUCAUCUUUGGAGUUGUGUAUGGAUUUUUCUGCUUAGUGUCCAUAGUUUUUUCAUAUGUUUACAUUUUCAACACAGUGCUGAGAAUGCCCUUGUUACAAGGGAGGUCAAAAGCCUUUUCUACCUGCAUGCCCCAUCUCAUAGUUGUCACUACAUUUUUAGUUACGGCGGUUACUGCCUAUUUGAAACCAGUUCCUGAUUCCCCACAGCUUCUGGACUUUUUGGUGUCUGUUUUCUAUUCUGUGAUGCCUCCAUCUAUGAAUCCUAUAAUAUACAGCCUGAGGAAUACGGAAAUCAAAGCUGCUUUGUGGAACGUGUUAUGGAAACUAGAUUAUUAUGAGUUUUAUAGGGGAAAAAACAGUCAUGGUAGGUAG